UCUUUUGUAUUGGAUGAAAUCAGAAAAGAUUAUAUGAAGACGGGCAAAUGCAACUUUCAAAUAGCGAAAGAAAGUUUCCUCAGCGCCAUGGCCUCGUUUGCCCUUCCGAAAAACAGUCCCUACACUCAGAGCAUAAGCCAAGGACUAUUGGAACUGAUGCAGAUUGGCCUCAUCGACCACUGGGACACGUGGUUCCGCCCCAUGCCUCCUCAAUGUGAUGGUAAACCCAAAAGUGGAAACAAGACAAAGACUUCUCCUCUUUCUCUGAAAAAUUUGACCGGUGCAUUUUUAGUUUUACUUGCUGGACUGAGCCUUUCGAUUUUAGUUUUCCUCAUCGAAAAAAUCAAUUCUGUCUCUAAAUGUCGUCGCAGUCGCAUUGGGAAUUAAGGUUGCAACGAGACUAAAAAAAUUACAAAUUCGUAUAGGUGUCGUAAAAUUACGGAAGAAAAAGAUCCGCCCCAUUUAUCCUUGGAAUAGUAUAGGUUGUAGGUAGAAUUAAAACUCGCACACAUCUGAUGUAUGGGGACGAAACAUUUUGAAAUGCUCAGAAUCAGCUAAAAGGCUAAAUGGAUAUUUUCUUGAUGAAAUGGUAAACGAUAGUAAAUUAUUUAUAUGCACUUGCGUAAAAUGUUAGUUGGACAAGUACCACGAUGAACUCGUAUCUCUUUUCGCUUUUAAAUAUUUAAUCAUGCACCUAUCAUUAGUUGGACUAUGAAGCACAAGCUUAAAAUACACUAUCAAAACAAUUA